AUGAAACUUUCAAUCUCAGCAAUCACACUCUCGUUCCUCUUCUUCACCACGACUGUACAAGGUGUCCUGUUGUACGUGGCCUCGUGGUCCGGAAACAUCACCGUUCUGUCUCUGACCUAUGAAUACUUUGCGUCCACUGGAUCCCCUGCCUUCGUGGAAGAUGGGUAUUUUGCAGGAUUUGCUCCGCAGAAGAAAUACCAACUGUCGAUGGUGGACACCUUUGCAACCCCGGCCCAGCUGCCCGCCUGGCUGACGUUGAAUAAACACAACGACAUCCUUUACCUGGUCGACGGGGUGACGACGGGCAAUGGCACGCUGACAGCCUACCGCACCAGCUCGCACAACGGAACGGGUCCACCCGUGCAGCUGGACAGCGUCGAGUGCCUGCUAGACGGGGCAUACGCGGGGUUCUACGCCAACGGGCGAGGGCUGGCAGUGGCGCACUACACCAGCAGCGCGCUGCAGACCUACGAUGUCAGCGACACGGUCACGGGCAAGCUGAAGCCGGUACAGACCUUCACCUACACGAUGGACCAGCCAGGGCCCGCGCCUAGCGGACGACAGACGGCGCCCCAUAUCCACGAAGCCCGGACGGACCCGCUGGGUCAGUACAUGCUGGCUGUGGAUCUCGGCGCGGACAAGGUGCGCGUUUACGCCAUUGACGACGAAACUCUGCGACUGGACGAGCGCUCCGCGCUGAACGCUACGGCAGGCUCUGGGCCCCGCCAUGGAGUCUUUACCGCUGAGCCCGUGCGAUUCCCGGACGGCAACGCCAGCUAUGUUUAUUAUCUGGCGGCGGAGAUUGCCGGUACGAUCACCGCCUAUCGCGUCCACUAUCUCCCCAAAAGAGGAGGCUUGCGCUUUGACUACCUGCACACCUAUUCGUCGCUGGAGCCGGGCGUCCCCAAGCCCGCCACGGGGGGGAAAGGGGUCACUGCGGAGCUGCGUCUGAGUCCCGACGGCGAUUUCCUGAUCGUGAGCAACCGUCGUGACGCCCGUUUCAACGGCACCGCCACCCAGUACCCCCCCAAUGGCACCUCUGACUCGAUCUCAACUUUCCGGGUCCGAUCCGAUCUGGCCGGUCGACUAGACUUUGUGCAGGCGGUGCCCGCGGGGGGCUCGUUAGCACGAACCUACGACCUCAAUCGCGCGGGGAACCUGGCGGCUGUUGGCGUUCAAGAUGGCUUCCGGGUCGCCAUCCUGGAAAGAGAUCUGGGAAGUGGAUUAUUCAAGGAACAGGUGGCGGAGAUUGAUGUUCCGGGACAGAUCUGGGGGGUGGUAUGGAAUGAGUAG